UAAGCAUUAUGUCAUUGAUCCUUCUGUUCUAUUAUUUCUUUACGCAGAAUGCUGGGUGAUCAUUUGUUGAGGAUUUCUGGCAAAUGUCCGGCCAAUCAGCUUUCUCCAUCUCAUUUACUUGCCAUCUGCCCUGGAGAGAUCUAGUGACAGCAUUAAACCAUGAGGAAAUAAGCUUUACCAGUCUGAGGACCCAAACAAGUUUCAGGGCCUGAUGAAGAUUUCACUCUCUAGUCCUUACGUCUUCUGGAGAACUUCAGACUAUUGCAGAAUGUUAUCUCUGCUGUAUGCUGUGUUACUCUGGGCAGCAUGGGCCCAAUUUCCUGUUGUCAAAACCAAAGAUGCUGUUGAAGAGUCUAAAACCUCAGACUCUUUUAUUAAAACAGACACUUCUCAGACUCAUCGAGUUAGCAGCGGCCUAAUGCAGUGUGGGGAAUACAGCAAUGAAGUGAUGCCAAACGGUCAGUGUCGUUUAAUAGCCACACUACCUCAGCUGGAGGAGCAGAGGUGUCCGGACAUGUUCCGCUGUACAGAUGAGGUCUCCUACUGGCUGCGUGAGAAUGAAGAGCGCAAGCAGCAAAUGCAGGACCUGAAAGAGACCAUCUCAGAGCUUCAAGAGGAGCUGAGGAAUCACAGGCAUCGCAUCAAAGUGCUGGAGCUGCAGCGUGAGGAGAAGUAUGGAGUGAACUCAUCUUUAGAGCAUCGCUUCCACAUGCUGCAGGAGAUCUAUGAAGAGGCCAAUGCACUUCUGCACAUCCACGGAUCACUCAUACAUGACAUGCAAACACAGAUCCGCAACCUCACUAUGAUAGUAGAGCGUGUGAGGCGCAAUCCUGGCUGUAUGAUCAAUAUCAUCCGCACAAGUCCGCUCCUCAGCGCUCAAGAUACCCUUCAUCCAGAGGUUCAGCAUGUAAGGAACUGUCCAAUUGACUGUGCAUCCCUGUACUACAAUGGAGUCCACAGAUCUGGGAUUUUUACUGUUGUCCCUUCAAUGGGAUCGACUCCUGUAGAAGUUUAUUGUGAUAUGGAGACCCAAGGAGGAGGAUGGACCAUGCUUCAGCGUCGACAGGAUGGAAAGGUCAACUUCAACCGCAAAUGGACAGAAUACAGGGAUGGCUUUGGAGAUCUGCAUGCAGAAUUCUGGCUUGGAAACGAUCACAUUCAUGAUAUCUCCAGCCAGGGAGAGUAUUCCCUUCGCAUUGACCUCGAGGACUGGAAUGGCAAGCACAAACACGCAUUGUACCAGAACUUCUGGAUUGAGAAUGAGGACAACCUCUACCGUCUCCAUGUAUCAGGAUUCAGUGGUACAGUUGAAGACUCGUUUGGCUGGUACCAUGACAAGCAGAGCUUCAGCACCCCAGACACAGGUGACAUCUGUGCUGAGAUAUCUCACGGAGGCUGGUGGUACCAUCAGUGCUUCUUUGCCAACCUCAAUGGAGUGUAUUAUAAGGGGGGGCGGUACUCUGCCAAAGAGAAGAAUCUUCUGGGGCCUGAUGGGAUUGUGUGGUACUCAUGGAAGGACUCAGAUUACUAUUCCUUGAAGAAGGUGAGCAUGAUGAUCCGCCCACGGACCUACAGGCCCCGCCUCUCUCCAUAACACCGCCUUAGGGCCUGUGUAAAACAACACUGCAGUGACAUCGUCAAGCCGUUCUUGAUUCCCAUGGCUAAGCAAUUACGUAAACUGUGGUUAAAGGGAAAGUCUCAACUGGACGUUCAAGAUAAGAUUUUAAUCACACGUGUCUCAUAAUCUUGGUCUUUGACAUACUGAAGCAUUCAAUGUAAAGUAACUAACAUAAGCUAAUUAUAAACAACAUGCAUUAUUAGAUUAUCAUGGAUAAUUUUAAUUUGCACAAAAAACAGUUGUAUUUGAUUUGGAUAAUCAUUAUUAAUUAAUUAAUUAAAAGUAAUUCAGAACAUAAUAUAAUUUUGAUACACA